GCACCGGCAACCAGCACCAAGAGAUGGCAAAAUUUUGUUCCGCUCCAGAAAAGCUAGAGAAUUGCUAGCAGCCUAGCACCACUCCCAACCAGGGUAAUGUUGCGGCUAUUAGAAGGGGGCGACAAAAAAGUAGAUCACACGUUGGUGGUGGUUACAUCGGUAGUCCGCAAUUGAUCAUUGUAUAGGAUCAGCAGGAGUUUCUCAGUAGAAUUCGGGAUGUAAAGUGGAGUCCCCAGCAUGUCUUUGCUUCAGGUACUUUUUAGGAGGCGAUUGAACAUCACUGCGCUCCGCUCAAUAGAGCUGUGCGAGUUCUUUCUGGACAAGGCCCUCAGGGUUGCAGGGCCAGUGCUGAUUGCUUUGGCCGCAGUUUUGAUCAGUGCGGUCGUGUACAUCUACUUCAGCGUACUCCUCUUCGCCAACGUCGGCACUCCCUUUCAUAGUUUUAAGGCCCUGGCACAUGUGGCUCUUGGCCUUUCCCUCUUGUUCAACCUUGUUUUCAACUACGCCUACUGUGUCAUCACGCCCCCAGGGCAUCCUCCAUCUUUGGAUCGCACCUCGGGCUCUGCGUCAGACAUUGAGGGUCAGAAUGAGUCAGCGGACUCUGACGAUGAAGGGGAAUAUGCGCCGGGGCAAACGCGGUGGUGCCGCCGGUGUCGUAGGGCAAAGCCGGCGCUGACUCAUCACUGCCAUGUGUGCGGGAAAUGCAUCCUGAAGAUGGACCAUCACUGUCCCUGGCUCGACAACUGCGUCGGCUUUUUCAACUAUCGCUACUUCCUUCUAUUCAUCACGUACCUGUGGCUCGGCUGCAUCUACGUCCUGCUCAUGACGAUCCAACCGCUCUUCAGGGCAGAAGAUCCGGAGAAGCCGCUGUCUACCGUGGUCUUCGCAUUCACCCUCUGCUUCGCAGUAGCAAUCGCGUUGGGGUGCCUUUUGGCGUGGCACUUGUUCCUGAUCUUGACGGCUCAGACAACGGUGGAGUUCCACGUGAACAGGCAACGGCGGGCCGACGCGCGGAAGGCGGGGCAGGUUUGGAGCAAUGAGUUUAACCUCGGUCCAAUCAGAAACUUUAAAAACACCUUAGACGUACAGGGGCCGUUUUGGUGGUGCGUCUGGCUGUUACCGAGGCUACGGCCGCCGAAGGGGGACGGCUGUUUAUUUCCUGUGCGAGGGGAGAGUAGCCAGCCGGCGGUUUCGCCGCCACUGGUUUCCGUGGGGUCGCAACGACACUUGUACAAAGUACUGCCUUAAAAUCUGUGGCGAAUCAUUCAGCAUGCUUCAAAUAA